AUGAAUACAACGACAAAAUAUUUAGAACAAAUGCUCAAUGUCAAAUUUGAUCCAACAUUUUUACCGAUUGUAGCUACUAGUUUUAUUGUAUUUACAAGUCUUUAUAAAUUUGUUAAUCCAGUUUUAUCAAAUUUAUUAGUCAAAAAUUAUAAAAAUUUAACUGAAACACAACAGAUUGAUUGGAAUACAAGAAUCAAUUCAUCAAUUAAUUCGAUUGUUGUGGGUACUAUUUGUGUAUAUAUGAUGAUUGCUGAUUGUGGACUUAAUGCCAAUCCUCUUGUAUAUAAAAGCUAUUUACUAAAAACAAAUUUAUCUAUUGUUAUUGGAUAUUUAUUAAGUGAUACGAUCAUUGGUAUAAUACAUUACAAAAAUAUUGGUGAUCCAUUUUCAUUAGCUCAUCAUUUUGUAUCUAUAUAUGCUUUUGUUUAUGUCUUAACAUUAAAUGUAAUGCCAUAUUUUGCUAAUUUUCGACUACUUGCUGAACUCUCGACACCUUCAGUCAAUAUCAGAUGGUUUCUUGACGCAUUAAAAUAUCCUAGAACAUCAAAAAUAUUCAUAUUGAAUGGAUUGUUCAUGACUAUAGUUUUCUUUUUUGUUCGUAUAUUUGCAAUGCCUAUUUAUUGGUGGAAAGUAUAUACAGUUGCAAUAACACCAUUAUGGUCUCAGAUGGGUCAUUUUCGAUUUAUUCUUAUUGUUGUAUGUGUUGUACUUGAUGUUAUUAAUUUAUAUUGGUUUUCAAAAAUGUUUCGAGGUUGUGUCAAAAUUCUUACAGAUGCUUCUAAAAAAAGACAUGAUUAA